GCAAGAGCCCACGGGUGUCCCCGUAAUUUCACCACCCCAAUCACACCCUCAAAACCCUAGUAGCCUCCGCUCUCUCAUCAAAGCCCUAGCUAGCCGAGCGAGCGAACUCCACCCCUUCCCCCAUUACCGUUCUGCAUCGAUUGAAGAUGCAGAUCUUCGUGAAAACCCUAACAGGGAAGACCAUAACCCUUGAGGUCGAGUCCUCGGAUACUAUUGACAAUGUCAAGGCUAAGAUCCAGGACAAGGAAGGCAUUCCCCCGGACCAGCAGCGCCUGAUCUUCGCAGGGAAACAGCUCGAGGACGGCCGGACCCUCGCCGACUAUAAUAUCCAGAAGGAGUCGACCCUCCACCUGGUGCUCCGCCUCCGUGGUGGCGCCAAGAAGAGGAAGAAGAAGACCUACACAAAGCCCAAGAAGAUCAAGCACAAGAAGAAGAAGGUCAAGCUCGCUGUGCUCCAGUUCUACAAGGUCGAUGACUCCGGCAAGGUCCAGAGGCUGAGGAAGGAGUGCCCGAACGCCGAGUGCGGAGCUGGAACCUUCAUGGCCAACCACUUCGAUAGGCACUAUUGCGGUAAGUGUGGGCUUACUUAUGUUUAUCAGAAGGCUGGUGGUGACUGAGGGAUGGAUGGAUGAUACUAGUUUCGUCGAAAAAUAGUUUCUUCUUUUAGUUUUAUCAAAUUAAAGGAUAUGUUUUCCUCUAAAUAAUGAGGUUUGGUACUUGACUAGUGGAGUUAUUAUGUGUUUUGAUAUGUGUUUGGAUUAUAUUUAGUUAAUUUGGACUGGUUUUUCAA